UCAUUUCACUGGGCUGCAGCUGGGAUGGACGGGGAUCUGCAGGCAGAAGCUCAACAUGAGCCCUCAGUCCAGGGGAGCAGGCUGGAGCAGAAGGGGCAGAAGAUCCAGGAGAGGGGCCAGUGGGCAAACAAGAGGGAGUUCAUCUUGGCUGUUUCUGGACAGAUUGUUGGUUUGGGCAACAUUUGGAGGUUCCCGUACCUGUGCUACAAAAACGGGGGAGGUGUCUUCCUCAUCCCCUAUGUCCUGUUCCUGUUUAUCUGCGGACUCCCCCUGUUCCUGCUGGAGACAGCUCUGGGGCAGUACACCAGCCAGGGGGGCAUCACCUGCUGGAGGAAGAUCUGCCCCCUGUUUGAAGGCAUUGGCUGUUGUACUGUGGUGAUCAUGAUCUACAGCAGCGCUGUUUACAUCAUCAUUCAGGCUUGGACCUUAUUCUACCUGUUCUCAUCCUUCAGUUCUGAGCUGCCCUGGGACAGCUGCAGAAACACCUGGAACACAGAUGCCUGUGUGGAGUUUGACAAGCAGAAUCUCACUUUCAAUGGGACAGAGGCAGAAAGGGCCACCUCUGCUGUAAUGGAGUUCUGGAACAGGAGGGUGCUGGGUAUCUCUGGUGGGAUCGAUGAGGUGGGCAGUCUGAGAUGGGAUCUGGCCCUGUGUCUCCUGCUGGCCUGGAUCAUCUGUUACUUUUCUAUCUGGAAGGGAGUAAAGUCCUCAGGGAAGGUGGUGUACUUCACAGCCACUUUCCCCUAUGUGAUGCUGGUGGUGCUGCUGGUCCGAGGACUCACCCUGCCUGGAGCUGCUGAUGGACUGGUCUUCUACCUCUACCCUGAUGUAACACGGCUCACUGACCCACAGGUAUGGAUGGAUGCAGGGACACAGAUUUUCUUCUCUUAUAGUGUUUGUGGAGGACUGCUAAUAGGACUCAGCAGUUACAACAAAUACAACAAUAACUGCUACAGGGACUCCUUCUACCUGUGCCUCCUGAACAGUGCUACCAGCUUUGUGGCUGGAUUUGCCAUCUUCUCUGUGUUGGGCUUCAUGGCGUACGAGCAGGGAGUGGACAUCUCGCUUGUUGCUGAGUCUGGUCCUGGCCUGGUGUUCAUCACAUACCCGAGGGCAGUGGCCAUGAUGCCUCUGCCCCAGCUCUGGGCUGUCUGUUUCUUCAUCAUGGUCCUCCUGCUGGGAAUAGACACAGAGUUUGUGGGCAUUGAAACCGUGAUGACGGCCAUCGUGGAUUUGUUUCCUACAAUUUUCCGGAGAGGAUACCGGCGGGAGCUCCUUCUGCUCCUCUUCUGUGUGGUCUGCUUCCUGCUUGGGCUCCUCAUGGUCACUGAGGGUGGAAUAUACAUCUUCCAGUUGGUUGAUUACUAUGCUUGCAAUGGGGCCUGCCUCUUGUUUGUUGCAAUAUUUCAGACUAUUUGUAUUGGAUGGGUAUAUGGGGCUGAUCUCUUCUGUGUCAACAUUGAAGACAUGAUUGGCUAUCGGCCUUUGGCUGUGUUUAGGUACUGUUGGCGCUACAUCACUCCAGUUGUGUGCACUGGCAUCUUCAUCUUAUCUCUGGUCAAGCACACCCCCCUGAUGUUCAACAACACCUAUGUGUAUCCAGACUGGGCGUAUGUCCUGGGCUGGUUCUUUGGUUCUGUCAUCUGUGUGCCUCUGGUCAUGCUGUAUAAACUCACCAGGACUGCAGGGACACCACGACAGAGUCUGCAGCAGUUGUGUCGUCAUGCUCAGGACCUGCCUCUCAAUCAGAAGCAGAAACAAAACUGUGAUCCUCUGAACUCAGACUCUAGAGCUCUGUUAAGGUGUAGAGAGAGACAGCUAACGAGUGAAGGAAGCCUUGAAGCUCCAAUCCCAGCAGCAGUGUAGAAAGUGGUUCACAUGGGUGACUGUGGUGUUUGGGGUAGACAUGCUCAUUCAUGGUAAUAAAAGGUGAAAUUUGAAGAAAUACAGUGUUUCAGUUUCUUGAACGAAUUAAUCAAAUUACUGAAGUAAUUUUAUCUUGAUCUUAUACUUGCUUAUUUCAGUUGAAUAAUUAAUUUUUUAUGUCAUUAUAUCUUUUAAAAGACACCUUUUGAGAAAGAUAUUUUCAAACUCAUUCUCUAGAUAGCUUUUGUAUCACAUUGAGCAGAGGAUUUCCCCCUUUAAUAUAAUGUAAUACAGAUCUAGUGGAAGCAGACUAGGCAUUUUUAUUAUCUUUCCAUUUGAUUUGCAAG